ACACUCGCUCCUCCUGUUCCUCCUCCCUCUUCUCCUCCUCCUUCUCUCUCUCUCCUUCUGCAGCUCUUCAAGCUGUAGCCUGGAGGGCAGGGUCACUCUGCUGGUCUGCGUGCUGCUUUUCUCACAGACAGCUUAGCUCACUCGGAGACUAAGUUGAGUUGUGGACAGCGUGUUGACUCAGGCUGGGAAAGACUGUGUUGUGACUCUGAUGUGCUGCGUGGACUGCACUCCCUGCCUCUGGAGCCCCCGUGUGGCUUUAGGCUGCUGCUCUGCUGAUCUCUGUUGUGGCUGCCGUUCGUCCGUGCUGUCUUGUCCCCGCGGAAACCUACCCGGCAGGCAGAUGGUCUGAGCAGUCAAGGGAAAAGUUUAUAACAGCAGCUCGUUGGUAAAAUACACGAUCACAGAGAACCAGUCUGAGUUUCCUCUCUCUUACUCCAGUCUCCUCUGAGGCAGCUGACCAUCUCUAUGGAAGGGACAACAGCAACAGGAGCGCUCUGGCUGAAGAGGUCGAGAUUCUCCCCUUCUUUCUCCCAUCUCUCUUUCUGAGUGACUGGACUAACUGUGGAUUGGGAUCUUUUUUUGUUGUCGAUUGGAAACUUCACACGUCACAACCUGGAUAUUACUUUAGAGGCUGAUUUCUAGAGUAAAGGCGAUCUUCUAGAGGUCUAGUGGGGAUCUUCUUGCCUGACCACCACCAUGGAAGAGAAGGCCGUGUCCAACAGUAGUCCCCAGCAUGGCCGAGGCCUGGGCAGGCAGAAUGUCAUCAGGUGUGGCUGGCUGCGGAAGCAGGGAGGCUUUGUGAAGACGUGGCACACACGCUGGUUCGUACUUCGAGGGGAACAGCUACACUAUUACAAAGACGAGGAGGAGACUAAAGCCCUGGGGACCAUUCUGUUACCUGGAAACAGAGUCACUGAGCAUCCCAGCAAUGGUGACGAGGGGGGGAAAUUCCUGUUUGAGGUCUCUGCAGGAGGAGACAGGGAGCGGAUGACAGCGAAUCAUGAGACAUACCUUCUUAUGGCCAGCACCCAGAAUGACAUGGAGGAUUGGGUGAAGACCAUACGCAGGGUCAUAUGGGCCCCAUUUGGUGGAGGUAUCUUUGGUCAGAAGCUGGAGGAGACGGUGCGGUACGAGAGGCGUUAUGGGAGCAGGCAGGCCCCCAUGCUGGUGGAGCAGUGUGUGGGCUUUAUACGCAAGUGGGGCCUACGGGAAGAAGGACUGUUCAGGCUACCAGGGCAGGCCAACUUGGUCAAAGAGCUGCAGGAUGCCUUUGACUGCGGAGAGAAGCCCUCCUUCGACUGUAAUACAGAUGUUCAUACAGUAGCCUCUCUACUAAAGCUGUAUCUCAGAGAGCUACCAGAACCAGUCAUCCCCUUCUCCAAGUUUGAUGACUUCCUCUCCUGCACCAAAAUGCUCUGCAAGGAUGAGGAAUCUGGAAUGAAGGAACUGAAAAGACAAGUGGAAUGUCUACCUCCAGUCAACUACAAUCUGCUUCAGUACAUAUGCAGAUUUUUAGAUGAAGUCCAGUCCUAUUCAGGUGUGAAUAAAAUGAGUGUCCAGAACCUGGCCACGGUCUUCGGUCCGAAUAUACUACGGCCAAAGAUUGAAGACCCUGUAGCAAUCAUGGAAGGUACAGUGCUAGUGCAGCAGCUGAUGUCUGUUCUGAUUGGUCGUCACGACGUGUUGUUCCCUAGAGACGAGGACAGUCCCAAGACACUGGAGCUGGUCAACAACAACAAUGAGGUCCAGAAGAGGCUGACCCAGAUUGUGCCGACGGUACAGACUACAGAACAGAACAACAAUACCCAAAUAACCCAGCAGAGGGUGAAACAGUGUUCUUGGGAGACCCCCGAGUCGCCUCACCGCCAGCCCCCGGUAGCGUUAGACAACGGCUCCGGUUCUCCUCGCUCAGCCAGCCCACUUAACGGCCAUGUUACUGGGCGCUUUGACCUGGCCCGCAGCCCGCCGUUAACCGUGAAGAAGAACCCGGCGGUCUCCAAGGGCAGCGGCGUGGUCACCAACGGCUCGUUUAGUUGUUCCCCCUCUGGAGACGCAGCCAACCAGGAGAAGAGCCAGACUAUCGGCCUCCAGGCCCGGCGCACCCUGAAGGGCUCGGGCACCAAGAUGGGCACCAGCGGGGUCCCUAACGGAGGUGUCCGCAUGGGCGUGUCAAGUACCGACGUGGUCAACGGUACCCUGAACGGGCGUAAUGGUCUGUGGGUUCCCAAUGGCUACCCGGUCACCUUACGAGACAGCAAGUCUCGGGACUCUGAGGAGCAGACGACAGCCCAGAACCGGCUGUCCACCUAUGACAACGUCCAGCAACAACAACAACAACAACAACAACAACAGUUACAAAAUCAACAACAGCCGUGUCUCAGCUCUAGCUGUGAGGACAAGCAGAGUGUGGACAGUGCUACCUGGUCCACCUCCUCCUGUGAGAUCUCUCUUCCAGACAACUCCACGUCCUGCCGUUCCUCCACCACCACAUGCCCAGAACAGGACUUCUACGGUGGGCUGGGCCACUAUCAGGACCCCCUGCUGCUGCUGGAUGGACCUAGGGGGCUGUCCUCCCUCGACGAGCAGUCCCAGCCAGGGGGGGACGUGGAGGGGGAGCGGAGGAACGGGGCUGGAGGUAGUGGAGGUAGGGGUAGUGGAGCCACCAGCAGCAGUGAUAACAGUGAGACGUUCCCUGUCAACAAAGGACCCAGUAGUCACAGUGCUCUACACAGCCUGGUGGCCAGCCUGAAACAGGAGAUGCAGAAGCAGAAGACAGAGUACGAGGCCAGGAUAACAAGCCUGGAGCACAGUAACCUGGAGUUGGAGACUGAGAGGGGGACUCUUCACGAGGAGCUGAACCAAGAGAAGAAGAAGGUCACCAUGGUGGAGAUCAAGUUUCGUAACGCAGAGCGAGCCAAGGAUGACGCAGAGAAGAGGAACGAGAUGCUGCAGAAAGAGAUGGAACAGUUCUUCUCUACCUUCGGAGAUCUGACCGACGACCCGCGCAGGCCCGACCGGGCCAAUACCAUCUGGAUCCAGUGAGGGGUUGUGUCAGUGCAGGGUGGACUGUGCCAUUUGAAUCGAAUGAGAGGGGAUGGGACUUGACAAUGACUUGGAGACAUAUUGAAAGGGACAUUACCGUCUGGAUCUAGUGAGGGGGGUGUGUACCACCUGGGGGGUGAGAGAAAGUGGGAGAAUGUACUAAGGAGAAACUUUGACAGACUGCACCACCUGAAUCUAGUGCGGGGGGGUAUCACAGUACACGGUGGAAUGUGCCAUUUUUAUCUAGUGCGAGGGGGUGUGGCAGUGCAGGGUGGACUGUGCCAUUUUAAUCUACUGAAGAGGGUGUGUGGCAGUGCAGGGUGGACUGUGCCAUUUUAAUCUAGUGAGAGGGGGUGUGGAGGUGCAAAGUGGACUGUGCCAUUUUAGUCUAGUGAGAGGGGGUGUGGCAGUGCAGGGUGGACUGUGCCAUUUUAGUCUAGUGAGAGGCGAUGGUAGUAUGUAGUAAGGCAGGUUUUCCCAAACUUGGUCCCUUUUGGACCCACGUGGCACACAUUUAGAUUUUUGCCCUAGUACUACACAGCUGAUUUGAAAUAAUAAACUAGUAAUCAACCUUUGAUGGCAAAAACCAAAACGUGCACGUGUGGUCCCCAGGACUGAGUUUGGAUGACCCUGUACUGAGAAGUAGAAAAACCAUUGAGAGGGACAAUGCCGUCUGUAAGCAAGAGACAUAUGGAUACAGUGUGUAGUGGGACAGGGUGCAUGUCGCUGGACCUCAACCAUGCAGACUGACUGUGGCAAUAAUACUGAAGACGCCAGGCGGCUGGUUAUCUGCCUGACACAGACUAUACCCAGCCUAUACAUGGACAACUGAAAGACUACACUACCCAUAAAACCAUUCUUCUUCCCCAUUUUCCUUCAAGAUCCAAUCAAGUAUAUAAUCAACCCUGUUCCAUGUUAUCAUGUAUCUGGCUGUGUAGAUAGAGGACCAUGUUAUCAUGUAUCUGCUUGUGUAUAUAGAGAAAAAACUAUGCUGAAGAAAAAUUAUGUUAUGUGUAAAAAAAAAAAAUGUUACAAAAAUAUUUGUAUGUUUGUCUGGUAUAUUUAAACAACAUAACUACGUUCCCAUGUGUGACAUUUCCAUUUGAUAUGAACGCUUUUUGUUGAACAUACAUUUUAUUUUGAUUUUAUUCAACAUGGUGGUACUGAAUUACUUUAUGUACGCAGAUUUAGUUUCUUGUGUCUCUAAUCAAGUUAAUAUAACUUGUGGCUUUUUUUGCUACGAAGCCAUUUCAUUCAUCCCAAAGAAGAAGAGACAGGACAUGUAUGUGUUUUCACAGACGCUUUGGCUUGUUUGUCUGUACUGUAGCUUUAAGACAUUGUCCAAUAGGAACGGUCUGGCUUCAAAUGAAUCAUAUUUUGUAGAUUCUAUUAAACCUAAAUACGUGUCUGGUCAGUAAUGGUUUCAACAUUGAAUGUUCAUCUAUAGUUGAUAUUUAUCCUAAACUGAAACUGUACACGCAUUGGUAAUAAGACCCAUCACUUGUUUUAGGAUGUUUGGUCUAAGACUGAAAAAAAAGAAGAGCACUGUAGUUGUGAUGAUUCUGGGUAUUAACGGGCACUGUAGAUCAGGGGUUACUACCUACGGUAGUAUUGGGGAGUAUCACAAUGUCAAGAGGCUUGAAGAAAUAGAGUUUCUCUGUGCUGGUUUCUCAAGCACUCCUGGCGUGGCUAGACUGUAUAAUAUGGCCACACAUAAAACAGAGACUAUAACUGUUUAUAGUGGUAUAGAAUCAGUCUGCAGCAGCCCUGGACACUGUGGAGUAGAGACCUGAACCCUGUGGAGCAGAGACCUGAACCCUGUGGAGUAGAGACCUCAUGGUGGGCCUGGACCCUGUGGAGUAGACCUGGACCCUGUGGAGUAGAGACCUCAUGGUGGGCCUGGACCCUGUGGAGUAGAGACCUCAUGGUGGGCCUGAACCCUGUGGAGUAGACCUGGACCCUGUGGAGUAGAGACCUCAUGGUGGGCCUGGACCCUGUGGAGUAGAGACCUCAUGGUGGGCCUGAACCCUGUGGAGUAGACCUGGACCCUGUGGAGUAGAGACCUCAUGGUGGGCCUGAACCCUGUGGGGUAUAGAUCUCAUGGUGGGCCUGAACCCUGUGGAGUAGAGACCUCAUGGUGGGCCUGGACCCUGUGGAGUAGAGACCUCAUGGUGGGCCUGAAUUCUGUGGGGUAUAGAUCUCAUGGUGGGCCUGGACCCUGUGGAGUAGACCUGGACCCUGUGGAGUAGAGACCUCAUGGUGGGCCUGAACCCUGUGGGGUAUAGAUCUCAUGGUGGGCCUGGACCCUGUGGAGUAGACCUGGACCCUGUGGAGUAGAGACCUCAUGGUGGGCCUGAACCCUGUGGGGUAUAAUAAUAAUAAUAAUAAUAUAUGCCAUUUAGCAGACGCUUUUAGAUCUCAUGGUGGGCCUGAACCCUGUGGAGUAGAGACCUCAUGGUGGGCCUGGACCCUGUGGAGUAGAGACCUCAUGGUGGGCCUGAACCCUGUGGAGUAGAGACCUCAUGGUGGGCCUGGACCCUGUGGAGUAGAGACCUCAUGGUGGGCCUGGACCCUGUGGAGUAGAGACCUCAUGGUGGGCCUGGACCCUGUGGAGUAGAGACCUCAUGGUGGGCCUGAACCCUGUGGAGUAGAGACCUCAUGGUGGGCCUGGACCCUGUGGAGUAGAGACCUCAUGGUGGGCCUGGACCCUGUGGAGUAGAGACCUCAUGGUGGGCCUGAACCCUGUGGAGUAGAGACCUCAUGGUGGGCCUGGACCCUGUGGAGUAGAGACCUCAUGGUGGGCCUGGACCCUGCACCAUAUAGAUGGAUACUGGCCUGAUGUUAGAAUGUGUUGUGUAUAUAUACUAGCAGUACUGAGAACCAAUGGGGGUGUGGCUUGCACAUUGUGGAGACUUUGUGAAAGUUUUUUUCUGAAGCAUCUUUAAAAAAUAAACUAUUUAGAUUGCUACGCUACACAGCUGUGUAUGGACCUGUGGGGAAUGUAGUGGAUACUUGUGUCUCUGUCAUACAGCACUCACAGUUACAAGGACCUGGUGCUGCCUGCCUGCUGUUGUCUGUCAGAGAGAAGAGGUGAACCAAAGAGGGAUAACUGGGCCCGAAAUCUGUCUUCUCCACCAGGUGGCGCUUUUGUUUUGUUUAUUUCAAUUCAAGGGGCUUUAUUGACAUGGGAAACACAUGUUAACAUUGCCAAAGCAAGAGAAAUAGAUAAUACACAAAAUUGAAAUAAACAAUAUAAAUGAACAGUAAAAAUGACACUUACAGAAUUUCCAAAAGAAUAAAGACAUUUCAAAUGUCAUAUUAUGUAUAUAUACAGUGUUGUAACGAUGUGCAAAUGGUUAAAGUACAAAAGAGACAAUAAAUAAGCAUAAAUAUG